UUCCUGCCAGUCACAAAAAGCCUAUCCGGGAUCAGAUACGGCGUUCAACUCAUUCGGGCUUGCUGAUCCCCAUCCUCUCGGAACACAAAGCCAACUGUAGGCCCUCCUCCGCCACAAGGAAAGGUGAUUUUUAUCGCGAUUUUCAAGGCCGGAGCUACAGAGGGCCGAGAGCAAAGGAAUGAAAGCGAGUCGGGGACAGAAGGGCCAGCCAGGCAGGCGGAAGGUACUGUUUCCCUUCUUGUUGUCUUUGUUGUGCGGGGCGCUCGGCGAGCAGAUUCGCUACUCGAUCCCCGAGGAGAUGGAGAAAGGCUCCUUGGUGGGGCAUCUUGCCAGGGAUCUAGGGCUCAAUGUUCGAGACGUAUCGGCUCGGAAGCUGAGAGUUAGUGCCGAGAUGCAGCUUUUUACUGUGAGCGCCGACAGCGGGGAUUUGCUUGUCAGCGACAGGAUAGACCGAGAGCAGAUAUGCGGUAACAAACCCGUGUGUAAUUUGGAAUUGGAAACGGUCGCUGAAAAUCCCUUAAAUUUUUUUCAUGUGCAUGUGUCGAUCCAGGAUAUAAACGACAAUGCCCCCAGUUUCAGCAGAAAUGAUAUUGAUUUGGAAAUAAGUGAGUCUGCCCAACCAGGUUCGCAAUUUACCCUUGAACCAGCCAGCGAUCCUGAUGUUGGGAUCAACUCCUUACAGAAUUACCAGCUGAAUCACAAUCCACAUUUCUCAGUUGUGGUUAAAGAGAACCCAGAUGGCAGUAAAUACCCAGAACUGUUGCUGGAGAAGCCUCUGGACCGAGAGCAACAAGGUUUCCUUCAUUUAGUCCUGAUGGCAGUGGACGGGGGGGAUCCGGUCCGGAGCGGGACCGCCCAGAUCCGGAUCAUGUUACCGACGCCAAUGACAACCCCCCCGGAUUCAUCCAGGACGUGUACAAGGUCAGCCUGAGGGAGAGCCUGCCCCCGGGGUCUCCCGUACUGCGAGUACAAGCUAUCGACGACGACGAGGGGGUUAAUGGGGAAAUUAUUUACUUAU